CAGAUCUUCCCCUGACCCUCUCUAAACUUUUCCCCACACUCCCCGCCCCCGCCCGCCCACCGCCUCGCUACUUAGUGUUACUUUUAUCGCCGAUGACAAUUUUAUCAGAUCUUCCGACGAACGGGGAAACCUGCAGAAAACCAAGUUGCCCAGAGCACAUACCCUGUUUUGAGUGCGCUUUUUGCUGUUGCCUUGUGUCGUUCUCAAACCGUGUUUUGAGGAUUUGAUUUUGUUUUGUUCUGCGUGCGUUCGGUGUUAAAACAUAGCAAUGAGUAUUUCCGUAGAUUCUGUCGAACAAUUCCAAGAAAUUGUUCAAUCGAACAAGGAGAAGACGAUUAUUCUGAAUUUCUAUGCACCUUGGGCUGCUCCUUGCCAGCAGAUGAAUCAGGUUUUCGACCAGCUUGCGACGGAGGCCCCUAAUGCAGUAUUUUUAAAACUCGAAGCCGAGAAGCUCCCUGACGUUGCUGAAAUCUUUGAUGUUGCUAGUGUUCCUCUGUUUGUCUUGAUUAAGGAACAACAAGUCAUUAGUCGUAUCUCCGGAGCAAACCCCCAGAAAUUGAAGGAGGCUGUUGAUGAACAUGUUAACAAACUUCCCGGUGCCAAGGCGGCCGAUGCCAGUGCGACAAAGAGUACUAGUACUGCCGCAUCCAACACAAGUGCUGCACCAACCGCUGUCAAGGAGACUGCUGCUGUCUCCGCCGUCGAGUCUGGAGAAGUUCGUAAGGAGGGUGAACAAGAGUCUGAACAAGAGCUGAACGCCCGUCUGGAGAAGCUCACUCGUGCGCACGAUGUGAUGCUUUUUAUGAAGGGCAUUCCCAGUGAACCAGCUUGCGGUUUCAGUAGAAAAAUUGUGGCUCUGUUGCGUGAACAGGGCGUCCAAUAUGGUUAUUUCAACAUCCUCGCUGAUAACUCUGUUCGUCAGGGUUUGAAAACAUUCAGCGACUGGCCUACAUUUCCCCAACUCUAUAUCCGUGGUGAGUUUGUUGGUGGUCUUGACAUUGUCAGCGAAAUGAUUGAGACUGGAGAGUUCCAACAGAUGAUUAAUGGAUCCGCUUAAAGCGAGAGGAGAUCAUGCACUCUUGCUCUCCCGUUUAUGUGCUUGAGUCUUUAAACGCUCUCUCUAUAGGAGUCACUCGCAAGCACUUCAAUAACACUCUUUUUCACUCCUAUCCCGUAUGUGUUUGCACAUGGUUAUAUACUUUUUCCUUUGUCCUCGUUUUGACUCUGUUCUUUUAGUUCCUCCUUGUUUUAUUUCUGUCACUCUCAAAGGGUAUAUACGCUUUGUUGGCAGGCACAUAUAUAGUCAUACUCCAAUAAAACUUUUACUUCAUCAUAUAAAUA